UUCCCCUGGAUUCACUGUUGUUUCCGUACAUGCCGGUGUAUCCGUACAUGCAGAUGCAUGUACGUACAAUCUCGUGCUCUAAUGGCGAUGCAUGGCUUCCUCUGCGAGAUCCCUUCUCGAUGAUUUCUCGGGUUCUCGUUGAUGGGGCCGUGAUGUGUUGCUUUCGUGAUCCGGGGUUCCCGUAUUUCAGCAUGAAAGAUAAUGGAUCAGCAAGGACAUAAUCAGCCUCCAGCUAUGGGGGUUGUUGCUAACACAGCCCCACUCCCCUAUGGGACGAGCCCAUAUUCGCCUCCUCAGAUGGGGGUACCUCCUAGCUACGCUCCUAUGGUUGGUGGGCCAAUCCAGUCACCGGGUCAACCAGGUGGAGCCCAACUCGCGCAGCACCAACUUGCCUACCAGCAGAUCCACCAGCAGCAGCAACAGCAGCUCCAGCAACAACUCCAAACCUUCUGGGGUAAUCAGUACCAGGAGAUUGAAAAAGUCACCGAUUUCAAGAACCACAGCCUCCCCUUGGCGAGGAUCAAGAAGAUCAUGAAAGCCGAUGAGGAUGUCAGGAUGAUCUCAGCAGAGGCUCCAAUAGUCUUUGCCCGAGCUUGUGAGAUGUUCAUACUGGAACUCACCCUCCGGUCAUGGAACCACACGGAAGAGAACAAGCGGAGGACCCUGCAGAAGAAUGACAUUGCAGCGGCGAUAACUCGGACCGACAUUUUCGAUUUUUUGGUUGAUAUUGUCCCAAGGGAGGACCUGAAAGAUGAAGUUCUCGGUGUUGGUACUGUGCCGAGAGGACCGGUGGGGCCUGGGGAUGCGCUCCCAUACUGCUAUGUGCCACCUCAGCCGGGGGCCCCACAGGUUGGGAACCCAGGAAUGUUCUUGGGGAAGCCCAUGAUGGACCCUACUCUGUAUGGGCAGCAGCAGGCUCAUCCGUAUAUGGGUCAGACUACGUGCCCUGAGACGUCGGAGCAACAGCAAUCACCAUCUGAUCAUUAACUUGCUUCCUUGGAGUCAGCGAGCAACAAAAGGAAGGAAAAUAAUAACAUACCGCAAGAGCCUUUGGAGGCUGAGGAUCAGGAAUUCAACAUAGACUGGGCUACGAGCUGUAAGAAUGUGUAAAUAGAUGUGCUCGGCACAAGUGAGUCACUGUUCUUUGAUGAUCGAACCGAUAAUAUUCUAUUCUCUUGGUGGCUUGUCUCCACGUUCCUACUUUGGUAACAGCUUAUUAUGAGAUCCACGACUAUUUUCAUUCCAUUUCUUGGCAACAAAGGAUGCUCUGUUUUCAGC